GCCCCCCCUACCCGAUGAAGAAGCCGUGAUAUGUCUGUUUUCCAAAACCCUAAACAUUAACACUUUGGUUUGGCUGUAGCUCAGAGCUCGCUCUCCUCGCCGUUUCUCUCAUCGCUAGUUUCAAGUCUCCUUGUGACAAUGGUGAGGGUUAGUGUGUUGAAUGAUGCUCUGAAGAGCAUGUACAACGCCGAGAAACGGGGGAAGCGCCAAGUCAUGAUUAGGCCGUCCUCGAAGGUCAUAAUAAAAUUCCUCUUGGUGAUGCAGAAGCAUGGGUACAUUGGUGAGUUCGAGUAUGUUGAUGACCACAGGGCUGGGAAAAUCGUGGUUGAAUUGAAUGGCAGGCUGAAUAAGUGUGGGGUUAUAAGCCCUCGCUUUGAUGUCGGUGUCAAAGAGAUUGAAGGUUGGACUGCAAGACUGCUUCCCUCAAGACAGUUUGGUUAUAUUGUCUUGACAACCUCUGCUGGUAUCAUGGAUCAUGAAGAGGCUAGGAGAAAGAAUGUUGGUGGUAAAGUGUUGGGUUUCUUCUACUAGGCUAGCUUUUUGUUUGAGGUUCGCUCUGAUGAAGUUUGAGAUUCUCAUUGGUUUUGAUGGACCAUGUGCUAGUUUGUUGCUAGCGCCAGAAGUUUUAUAGAGAGGAAGAGUUUUAAUUAUUUUUUUUCGCGCAUUUUAUUUGUGAAAACGACUUGGUCAUUCUAAUCUUUUUUUCUUCAACACUGUUUUUUCUCAUACAAAUUGGGUUGGCCGAUUUUAUUUAA